GCGAGUGAGGAGCACGGGCGUUUUGUUUAUUUUAAGACCAAAAAGUAAAAACGUCAUUUAUCGCAAGUUUUCGUCUGGAUUAGUCAAAUGUUAUUUGUUUUUAAUCAGGAUGCGGACUUACAAGAGAAUAACUACAAGAUGUUCUUACACUACUGAAGAUUUAAAAAAUGCUGCAAAGGCUGUGAACGAUGAAGGUAAAAGUGUUAAUGCCACCGCUACAGAAUUCGGUAUCAAACGGAUGACUUUGACAAGAUAUCUGAAAAAAUUAAAUGAAGGUGGCGAUUCAUCCAUGGGCUAUGCAACACCGAGACAAGUAUUUUCUUCUACACAGGAAGAUUCACUGAAAAAAUACUUGCUACAAAUGGCAUCAAUCUUCUACGGAUAUUCUCCAAAAGAUGUCCGUCGCCUUGCCUACGAAUGUGCUAAUAAAUUCGAAAUUGAAAUUCCACCCAGCUGGGCUGCAAAUAAGAUGGCCGGAAAAGAAUGGCUUACGAUGUUUUUAAAACGAAAUCCGGAGCUAUCCAUACGAAAACCAGAACCCACCAGCCUUGGUAGGGCAACAUCAUUUAAUGCGCAGAAUGUUAAAGUUUUCUUUGAUAAAUUAGCGGAAGUAAUGGAUAGAUAUGCAUUUACAGNCGACGUCCUUCGAGAUAUACGAAUGACACACAUGAACAACCAGGAAAAAGAAAAAAUCAUGACGCAAUUCCCGAAGAAAAUGGACGCUUCCAAUCAAAAGAAAUGGAGGAUGGUGAUCGACUUCAGAGAAUUGAACAAGAAGUAUCCGUUGAUGAUGUCCUCGAUAGCUUAA